AAUGAUUAAUUGGCAUCAGGCCAGUACUGCUCAUAGUUUAAACUUCGGACUUCUAGAGCAAAGACCCAGCUAAGUGCGGUCUUCCACUAACCAGCCUGUACGCCGAGCAUUCCCUGCAACACAAAGCCGUUCCGUCCUAAUCACUCCAAAUCCAAAGAAAACAACGUGCUUAGUCCAGCCAUUUUCCUUUUCUCGAACACUAAUCCGGGCAGUUUGAAGCUUCGCAGCAAGCACCUAGCCACCAAAAUCCACGCAGCAAACAGAACGGGACAGUAGCAAUCAACGGUAGAUGAAGCAUACAAGAACCACACCUUUCCCGCCGCAUUUGCUUACCGAAACAAACCGAACUCCUUCCCCUCUUUCCCGCGCACACCACGGCGGCGGGGCACACCCACCCACGCGGCCACGCCACACCACGAGACCGGCCGAGACAUGGCAACACCGCGCCGCGCGUGCGCGUCCGCCUGCCUCCUCCUGCUCGUGCUCGUGCUGCCCUGCUGCCUCCUGCGCCGCGCGGCCGCGCAGUCCCAACCGGCGGACGAGGCGCAGCUGCUGCUCCAGAUCAAGCGCGCGUGGGGCGACCCGCCGGUGCUCGCGGCAUGGAACGCUUCGGCCGCGGGAGCGCACUGCGCGUGGCCCUACGUGGGGUGCGACACGGCCGGGCGCGUCACGAAUCUCUCCCUCCCAAGCGCCAAUGUCGCGGGCCCAUUCCCGGACGCCGUCGGCAGGCUCUCCAGCCUCACGUACCUCAGCGUCUACAACAACAGUAUCUCCGGCGCGUUCCCGACCUCCCUAUACCGCUGCGCGUCGCUACAGUACCUUGACCUGUCGCAGAAUCACCUCGUUGGGAAGCUCCCAGCGGACAUUGGCCGCGGCCUCGGAGCGAACCUGACCACGCUGGUCCUCAGCAACAACACAUUCAACGGCACCAUCCCCGCGUCGCUCUCCAGCCUCCGGAAUCUCCAGUAUCUCGCGCUGGACACCAACCGCUUCGCCGGCACCAUCCCAUCCGAGCUCGGCGAGCUGACGAGCCUUCAGACAUUGUGGCUGGGGACAAACUGGUUCGACGCAGGCGAGCUGCCUGCGUCGUUCAAGAACCUGACCAACCUAGUCGACCUCUGGGUGGCGCAGUGCAACCUCGUCGGCGACUUCCCGAGCUUUGUUUGGAGCCUCAAGAAGUUGCAACGAUUGCAAUUCUACAUGAACAACCUCACCGGCGACGUGGUGGUUGAUGGCUUUGCCGCGAUGAGCAUGACAAUAAUCGACGUCUCGAUGAACAAGCUUACAGGAGUCAUCCCGGAAGUGUUCGGGAGCCUGGAGAACCUCACAACAUUGUGCCUCUUCCAGAACAAUUUCUCCGGCGAGAUACCUGCGAGCAUCGGUCGAUUGCCGUCACUGACGUUAUUGAGGCUGAACAUUAACAGGCUUAACGGUACGCUCCCGCCGGAGCUCGGGAAGCACUCGAAGAACUUGUCUUAUAUUGAGGCUGAUGACAACGAGCUCACCGGCGCAAUCCCGGAGGGGCUGUGCGACGGAGGUCAGUUCAAGUCGCUCACCGCCUCACGCAACCGCUUGAACGGCUCCAUCCCGGCAGGCCUUGCCAACUGCUCCACUCUCAACGACCUGCAGCUAGACAGUAACCAGCUCUCCGGUGAGGUGCCAGUGGCUCUGUGGACGGCGACGCAGCUUCAAUACGUGCUCCUAAGGAAUAACCGGCUCAGUGGGAGCCUCCCGGCGACGAUGUACUACAGACUUUAUAUGUUACACAUAGAGAACAACCAGUUUGGCGGCAGCGUUCCGGCAGCGGCUGUUGCGCUCCAGGUGUUCACCGCCGGGAACAACCAGUUUUCCGGCGAGAUACCAGCGAGUCUUGGCGACGGCAUGCCGCUGCUGCAGACACUGGAUCUGUCCGGUAACCAAAUCUCUGGCGGGAUCCCGAGAAGCGUUGCUAAGCUAAGGCAGCUGACGCAGAUGAACAUGAGCCGGAACCGGCUCACAGGCGAGAUACCUGCUGAGUUGGGCGCCAUGCCGGUGCUCAGCGUCCUUGACCUGUCGUCAAACAAGCUCUCCGGCGACAUACCGCCGGCGCUUGUAAAGCCGAACCUCAACUCCCUCAACCUGUCCUCCAACCAGCUCAGCGGUGAGGUCCCGGCCGGGCUCGCCAUCGCGGCCUACGACCGCAGCUUCCUCGACAACCCCAGCCUCUGCACCGCCGCUUCGGGAUCCGGCUACCUCACCGGCGUAAGGUCCUGCGCCGCGGGGUCACAAGCCGGCGCCGCUUCUUCCGGAGGCGUUUCGCAUGCGCUCCGCACGGGCCUCCUGGCCGCGGGCGCCGCGCUCCUCCUCAUCGCUGCGGCCUUCGCCUUCUUCGUCGUCCGCGACAUCAAGAAACGGCGGCGCCUCGCGAAGCAGGACGACUGGAAGAUCACGCCUUUCCAAGCUCUGGACUUCGGGGAGGCGGCCAUAGUCCGGGGGCUGAUGGAGGAGAACCUCAUCGGCCGCGGCGGCUCGGGGCGCGUGUACCGCGUCACCUACACCAACCGGCGCAACGGCAGCGCCGGCGCGGUGGCCGUAAAGCAGAUACGAACCGCUGGGACCGUGGACGAGAAGUUGGAGCGCGAGUUCGAGUCGGAGGCGAGCAUCCUCGGCAACGUCCGGCACAACAACAUUGUCAGGCUGCUCUGCUGCCUCUCCGGCGCCGAGUCCAAGCUCCUCGUGUACGACUACAUGGACAACGGCAGCCUGGACAAGUGGAUCCACGGUGACGCCCUCGGCGCCGGCGUAGGGCACCCCAUGGCGAGGGUCAGAUCUGUGCGGCGCACGCCCUUGGACUGGCCGACGAGGCUCAGAGUGGCCGUCGGGGCCGCGCAGGGGUUGUGCUACAUGCACCACGAGUGCACACCGCCCAUCGUCCAUCGCGACGUCAAGACGAGCAACAUCUUGCUGGACUCAGAGUUCCGGGCCAAGGUCGCCGACUUCGGGCUGGCAAGGAUGCUGGUGCGGGCUGGGGCGCCUGAAACGAUGUCCGCCAUCGCCGGGUCGUUUGGCUACAUGGCUCCCGAGUGUGCUUACUCAAAGAAGGUGAACGAGAAGGUAGACGUCUACAGCUUCGGCGUCGUGCUCUUGGAGCUCACCACCGGCAAGGAGGCCAACAGCGGCGGCGAGCACGGCUGCCUGGCAGAGUGGGCACGGCACCACUACCAAUCAGGGGGAAGCAUCUCCGAUGCCACAGACAAGAGCAUCAGGUACGCAGGGUACUCUGAUGAGAUCGAGGCCGUGUUCAGGCUAGGUGUGAUGUGCACCGGCGAUUCGCCGUCGUCGCGGCCAACCAUGAAGGACGUGCUGCAGAUCUUGCUCAAGUGCAGCGAGCAGACGCACCAGAAAAGCAAAACAGAGCACGCCCCGGUGUAUGAAGUGGCUCCGCUCCUGCCGCCUCAGCGAGGCAGCCGCCGGAAACAGCUUUCGAACGGCACAGAAAUUGGCAUGGAAGAGAAUAGCGACUUCGACAGCAUUGUCUGAAGAAAGGAGCCGACCAUUCCACAUGCAAGCAAGUUAGGACAGCGUCAGUCAACAGAUAUAGUGAUACUUUAGUGAGUACAUUUUAGCAGAGUACAGCAGAGAAUUAUGCAUCCCAACUUGUCACCAUGACCUUGACUCUACACUAGGUACAGGCUUACAGAAGGGUUUAUGGCAUUAGACCAAUCAAACAGAAGAAAUAGUAAAUGUUACGAUUUUUUUUUUCCAAAACAAAGGCAGGAGCUCUGCACAUCCAUUCAAGAAUAGUAAGGUUGUAUCCGCUCUUUAUUCUGAAAGAUUAAGAUUACACAAAUAAGCACUGGUUGGUUUG